ACGGGCCACAGGAGAAGAGAGCCGUCUCCCGCCGAGGAACCUCAUCUUUCAUCCUUCUACUUCAUUCUGACACUACCCCAUGUUUCAAACAUCUCGGUUGAAGCUUGUACGGCAUGCAAUAGACGGGCUAUCUAUCGGGGAAAUGAAGACGAGGCCAAGUCGAUAGUGGUGCUGUUACUCCUGCAGCGUGGGGGCGAGAGCGCGGAGGCUGAACUGGCAGGUGCUUCGCCAAAGCUGUUUCAGCCUUGCAUACUCGAAGUACUGCGCCGCAGCCUCCUGAUGCUGUCCAGUAUACAUAACAGAAUGAUCUAUUAGAACAUUUUCGCGAAGAACUACCCUCACCCAGUAUAAUUUCUACUUCAUCACAGUCGUCUGUCGCAAACGUGGUCUGGAGCUUUACCUAUUACCACCUACUUCCGUACAGCGCACACAGUCAACCCCCGAAAAGCCAUCAAGACAUGCAGUCCCCCUCUAAAGACACUAAAAAGCCCAAGUUGACCCGGAAAAUAUUAGAACGUGAGAGCAUUUACUUCUAUGAGGAUGUCCACAAGAGGAACUCUUUGCCUAAGUGGCUCCGUCCCAUCCAUUUGGGAAUGAGAUUCAUGCGCACAAAAGUCCCUGAGGAAUCCAGAGAGGAUUUUGUCGCUGAGCUCAAGGAAUUCCAACGUUCAGGUCAAGACAGGGCUAUCGCAUCGGCAUCACACUGGAGUUUGAAACCCUCCAGCAUCCGGGAUGAAUACCUCCACAAAAAGAGUUUUGACGAAAAAAAACUAGCAGCAGAGACGAGAGACGUGUUGGUUACUUGUCGGAAAGUUCAGGAACGGGCGAUAUAUCUUUGUGGGACGAACGAGAAGGAAUCCGCAUGGGCGGAGUUCCUAGGAGCGAACUUCUUCAAAACAUACAGGGAGGUACAUGGCACUCCAGACGAGCACAGGCAUGCUGAUGUUCAUUGGAAUGAACGCUUACCCAGGAACGAUUUCGGGAGACGAGUGCGUACUGGACCGAAGCCGGACUUGACCUACUCAUUUCCCGUCAUCGAUCCCUCACACAAAAUAUCAAGAUCGCACCGUUUCGACCCUAAAGUCGAAAACUUCACGCUUCCUGUCCUUAGCGAACUCCAGAAGGCAGCCGAAUGUAGCCUAAUCUCGUCACCGACGUCUGCGUUGUCCAAGUGGGAUCCUAAGAACCCAAAACCGAUAGGCGCUGCGGACCUAACAUGCUUUCCUUGGGCUGUUGUCGAAGUCAAAACCAGCAAAUGGAAGCGUGAUAAGUCAGUGUUUUGUUAUUGUCAAGCUGCGAACGCGUCUGCUGAAGCACUCAUGAUGAGGGAAAGACUGGCUGAGAGGGUGAACGAGCCAAGUAAGGAUGCUCUGGUCAUCUUCUCUUUCACAUGUGUUGGUCCAAGCGUUCGGUUUUGGCUUACCUUCAGACACCCAACCAGCCGUAACAUUGAGAUGCGCUGUAUUUGGGCAACUUCAUUGGAGCUUACUUGGGGUGUCUUUGCGCUACGUGCUGUGAUCGAGAACAUGCGCAAAUGGGUGCACAACUGGGUGAAACCGGGGAUAUGCAGAUGGAUCACUCAAGUCCGCUUGCAUCCAAAGCCCUCGACGUUUCUCGCCCCAGACGGCCAUCAGGUCGAGCAACGAAGAAGAGCGAAAUCUCUCGAGCCACCCAAUCAGAGAACAUCUGACAUACCCUCUACGUCACGAAAGCCUCCUCGCUCGAAGAUCAUUCCGCAUUUAGCGAGAGAGAAUACUGUACCAAGACGGACCUGCUCUCCCAGUUCAUUGUCUCAACGAUUGGAUCGAUUGAGUAUUCGCAUCGAAGACUCAGAACGGGAUGUUUCUGACGAAAGUGGAAGCGAUUGGCAGCGCUAUGCAAGUAGCUCCGACGAUGGAAGUUAUGUAGCAAGCGAUGAUGCAAGCGGCGACGACGAUGGCUUCACCACUGUGGAAGAAGAGACUUAUGGCACAAGUCAAGAUGAGGACGAACUCGACGAAGGAUACUCUAGUGACGGCUCAUAGGUGGAGGCUUUCCGAUGACUCCGUUCUGUCUUGUUUGGUUCUAUACCAGGAAAAGUUCGGCCCGACGU